AUGUUGAGAGGUGUUUUUAGCAGAAAUUCUGCGCGGUCUGUGAUAUUAUACUCGAGAGGAAUGCACACACUGAGGACAUCACAAAUAGAAACGAUACUGCGAUACAGUACAAUCCAAAUAUUGCAAUCCAGAAACUUCAUGAUCUCACCGGCGUAUCGCUCGACAAGAAUUGUAGAAGAUAUGGGACCGUUCAAACCACCAAAAAAGCUUACUUUUGAAGAAGUUGAGCAGCGAGUUAUGAAAGCGAUUCGUGCAUGGGAUCGAUUUCCAGAAGAAAAAAAGGAAACAUUGACAUUAGAUAGUGAUUUUGUUAAGGAUAUGGGUUUCGAUUCCUUGGAUCACGUUGAAAUUGUUAUGUCACUGGAGGAUGAAUUCGGUUUUGAGAUCUCGGAAUUGGAUAGUGAGAAGUUAAAAACACCUCGUGAUGUUUUCAAAUAUGUCUGCGAGCAUGAAGAUGUUUUUGAAUGA